UUGGACUACUGAACUUUGGUUUCAUUUCUUAUUUCUUCUUCUCUUUUCUCCAAGUCUUGGUUGGUUGCUAUCAAGAAUCAUAAGUUGCAUGCCCGCUUAAAAGAAAUAAUAUGCCAAAUAGCUCAGCAUAUGCAAUGGGGAAAAAGAUGAGUCGGUGUUAAUCGGUAGGUAUGACUUGCGGGUAGGGCUGUCGAUAAAUGAAAUGAAUAUCCGGUAUUACCUAAAACACCAUCUUAAGCAGAUGAUCAGAACAAAUCAUGGAUCUGUGUUGGCGUGUCCAUUAUCCUUUCGAGUCCCUCUUUGAUGAUCUGGUCUUAUAGGUGUCCACCCGCACCCUAUUUGGAUUGAAGCAGUAUGAAAAACCUGGUUGUUCUUUAGCUAAAGCAUUUGUGGUUUGGAAAUGGGGUUGAUAAUCCGUAUCGAGAAACUCAAAUAUCUUGGAAAGGUUAGUUUUUGUUCGAGAACCUUUCCUUUGAAUUUGACCUGAGUCAAUGUGUUCGGACUUGAUUUUCUCAUUGUCAGUCCUGAGUACUUGUCAUUCGUUUCUGCAAGAACUUUCUUUUCACUCUCUUUCUCUUAGUUGCUUUCACUCCAUCUCAAAUUCUGCACCACCAAUUGUGCAUAUUUUUCUCUACUCUUCUCGAUCCUCUUCUCCUUCCCUCUCCUUUUGACACUCCCUCUCGCCCUCGCUUUCUCGCUUAGCUAGCUAGGCUCCUCUAGCUAACUAGGCAAAACUCCUUAUAUAUAAACAAGAUCCUCCAUGCGUAAGAAAUUGCAGCUCCUUUGUUUCCUAAAAACUAUGAUCACCAGAUUCACCACUUAUAUCAUCAUAUAACUAGGACCAGUUCCCAUUUUGGUUCCUCCAAACUCUUCAAAAACACUAUGGCUGAUAAUACUUCGUUCAACGAAAGAAUCAUCCCCAUGGAUGAUCAUCAGCUGGACGUUGAUGUUCAAAAUCGAGCCGAGAGGGCUCGAUGGAUACUUGAUUCCCCCGAGCCACCAGGUCUGAUACACGAGCUAGUUAGUUCGAUCAAAGAGACCGUUUUUCAUUGUGGAAUGAAAACGUAUCCUUCAUCAAAUAAUGCCAAGACAAAAGCCAAAAGCAACCCGAAGCGCAUUUUUUCGAUCUUACAGGGGAUAUUUCCAAUUCUUCGAUGGGGUCGAAAAUAUACUGCUUCGAAAUUUAAAAGUGAUUUCUUCGCUGGCUUAACUCUAGCAAGUUUGAGCAUCCCGCAGAGUAUCGGAUACGCUAAUUUAGCGAAGCUUGAUCCUCAAUAUGGACUUUAUACCAAUGUUGUUCCGCCAUUGAUUUAUGCGGCAAUGGGCAGUUCAAGAGAGAUAGCGAUCGGGCCAGUAGCCGUUGUUUCGCUUCUUUUAUCAGCAAUGAUUCAGAAAAUUAGCGAUCCCUCCGUUGAUCCCAUCGGUUAUAGAAACCUUGUUUUCACUGUAACAUUCUUUGCUGGAGUUUUUCAAGCUGCAUUUGGAUUACUCAGGUUGGGUUUCCUUGUGAAUUUUUUAUCUCAUGCUGCAAUUGUGGGAUUCAUGGGUGGUGCCGCGAUUGUUAUCGGAUUGCAACAGCUGAAAGGACUACUUGGGCUUUCAAAUUUUACAAACAAAACCGACGUUGUGUCCGUUGUCGGAGCUAUUUGGAAAUCAGUACACCACAGUUGGAAUCCUUACAAUUUUGUGCUUGGGUGUUCAUUUCUGAUUUUCCUCUUGUCUACCAGAUUCUUGUGUAAAAAGAAGAAGAAGCUAUUCUGGUUGCCAGCAAUUGCUCCUCUGGUAUCAGUUAUAUUAUCCACUCUAAUUGUUUACAUAACAAAAGGGGAUAAACAUGGAAUUAAAAUUGUUAAACACAUCAAAAGAGGAAUCAAUCCAAUUUCAAUUCAGCAAUUAAGUUUUAAUGGCUCAAAUGUUGGAGAUGCUGCUAAAAUUGGAUUAAUUGCAGCAGUUGUUGCUCUAGCUGAAGCAGUUGCAGUAGGUAGAUCUUUCGCGUCAGUAAAGGGAUACCACCUUGAUGGAAAUAAAGAAAUGGUUGCCAUGGGCUUCAUGAACAUCGCAGGGUCCUGUACUUCAUGCUAUCUAGCAACGGGUUCGUUCUCGAGGACGGCUGUGAACUUUAGUGCGGGAUGUGAAACAGUUGUAUCAAAUAUCGUCAUGGCUGUAACUGUUAUUAUAGCAUUGGAGUGUCUCACUAGGUUGUUAUAUUUCACUCCAAUUGCGAUAUUGGCAUCCGUAAUAUUAUCAGCUUUGCCAGGGCUUAUCGAUGUUCAUGAAGCUUACGACAUUUGGAAGAUUGACAAAUUCGACUUUCUUGCUUGCAUUGGAGCAUUUUUUGGAGUCAUUUUCUGUUCUGUGGAAAUCGGUCUUCUUGCUGCGCUGAUUAUAUCAAUCCUGAAGAUCAUACUAACUGCAAUUCGACCUGGCAUCGAAGUACUUGGAAGACUCCCUCGAAGUGAUAUUUUCGGCAGCAUGAAUCAGUAUAAAAUGUUUCUUCCGACUCCUGGUGUACUCGUAAUACGCAUAGACACUGCAUUGCUUUGUUUUGCGAAUGCCAAUUUUGUCAAGGAAAGGAUAAUGAAAUGGAUAUUAGACGAAGAAGAAGAGGAGGAGGAAGAAGAAGAAGCAUCCAGAACAAAAGAAGAAAAAAAGAUUCGAGCGUUGAUCCUUGACAUGUCGAAUUUGUUGAACAUCGAUACAUCUGGAAUCAUUGCACUUGAAGAACUGAAAAAGAAGUUGUCUUCCUUCGGAAUUAAGGUAGCAUUAGCAAACCCAAGUUGGCAAGUUAUAAAUAAGCUAAAGCUAGCAAAGUUUGUCGACAAAACGGAAGAAGAAUCCGUCUUCCUCACAGUUGGUGAAGCUGUGAAUGCUUGUCUUGAAUCAAAGACUGCUACUGUCAAUACUUGUUAAGCAUUACUUUACUGCUAGUAUUAUCUGUAGUGUUAACUACUAAGGAUGAUAUGCAUAAAAAUGUUGUCUUAAGUACUAUGUGUCUCGCCAGUUCUGGUGAGACGGUCGUCUUGAGUUCAAUUCCUGCCGAUUGAUGUUGUUGUACAUGCGUUAUUUGGCUUUUCAUAUGGACCAUGUUGCUAUGUA